CGCACUGAAAAAUGCUUUUGAAAAAAAAUAUCUAAGGCAAUUGAAAUCUAUGCACGCAGGUUUUUGUUCGACAUUUUAGAAUUUGUUUAAAAGUAUUUCUCAUUUUUGCUGUAACCUUGGGUGAUUGUAUAAGGCCUAUCCCCAUCACUGUACUCAGGAAGUUUUUAAGUUUAAUACUUGCGUAACUUCCGUAACUAUUUUCACAAAGUAAACACUGGAAAAUAAGUGGGUCUCAACUGGUAUUUUCAAGACUGAUUAGAAGAUGGUCGGAGUGGUUCCAGUUUGCAAAUCUGGUGAUCAUAGGCCUGGUUAUUUCGAUACAGACCUACAUCAUUAUGGUCUGAUCUGUUGUUGGAAGAACUGUGGCGCAACAACGAAUCAUUGGGCCCGGGGCGAGGAAAUGUUGGAGGCUCCUUGCAUAUCAAUGGGUGCACAGUGUUCUUUAACAUGCACAUGAGCCGUUGCAUAAGGAAUAAACAGAUCAUUGAUGUCUUUGCCUAAGGACUAUGCGCUACUCGCAUUUUUGCCAUCAAGUUGGCAACACAAUGCUGACAUUAGAUGGAAUCGACAGAGGAAUUGAAGAUAUAGAAGGGUUCCCAUGGCUCAGCGUAUACGAAGUGACAUCCACUUUAGUCAACUGUUUUAAACUUCCUCUCUGGAAGCUCUAUAUUGUUUAAGUGAUCUGUGGACGAAUACGCAGCUUACGGUAUAUGCAAAUACCAGAUUCAUCGAUUACACCUCGAGUUGACUCAUCAAAUGGAAAUAGGAGAAGAUACAGAAUAAUACCAAUCAUGCGUUGCAUUUAAUAGUGUACCUACGAUUUUAAACCAUGGAGCAUUUGAAACAAAACUUGACAAGAAAACAUUCUACACGUUGCAACAACUAUAUUUAUGUACGGCCAAUUGUUUUAAAAGGGCUAUAGUACGGUACCUCACCCACUGGAAAGCAGAUGUACGAUUAAAGCAACUUAAUGGAAUUAAAUUGAAUAGUAAGUUGAAUACCGUAGUAUAAGACUAUACGGGUUUCAAUACUGACGAUAGUAAACUCCUGAAUAAGUACUUUGGUCAAGUAUUCUGUUUGAAUUGUUGGGUAAAACAAACAAGCUCGAUAUUAACAGCUAAAAAAAAAACGUCUCGAGAGAAUAUCGCUUUUGAAUUCACUAGCUACUGCAUAAGUAUUAUGAAUUUGUUUACUUUAAUGUAAUCAGCUAUCUCGUUGACUCUUUGCAAUUGACAUACGUUUAGAUUAGAGAGGAUUGAGUAAUAAGUGACUCCAUGAAUUCAGCCACGUUGUCAGUAGUAAACUGUUAUGGAUCGACGUGUUGUUGCCCGGUCAUUUUGUCUGGUGUUAUACUGUAAACUUCAUUAACAAGAAAAACUGCUCGUCAUGAUACAUUUUUUCAUCGUCAGAGUAAUGCUUUACAAUCAGUUAUACAUCUGGUGUGAACAAGUUCGACGGCAAGUUCGUCAGCAACUGAUUUCUUGAGAGAGUCACUCUGCGCGACGCGCUCAGAACACUGUGCCUAUCUUGUUCGUCACUCUGGGAAUCCUUUCCCAGAAAUGGGUCACUAUGUAUUUGCAUGCCUUUCCUUGAUUAUUGGUUGUCUCGGAUUGGUAGCAAAUGCUGGCGCUCUCUAUGUUUUUCAAAAAAUGAAAAUGAUUUCUAAAACAGUAACGCACUCAUUGCUAUUCCAUCAGUGUCUGGUUGAUUUUAUGAGCGCUUUGGUGUUCCUGCCAUUAUACCCGAUCCCAGAAGUACUUGACAUCUGGCAGGAUCAGGAUGCGUUCUGUAAAACCCGGACAGUUUACUGGAUUUUAGCAGUAACUUCAACAGCUAAUAUGGUAUAUUUAACUAUCGAAAGAUACUAUUCUAUAGUUUUACCGAUGAGGCAUCUCGUUUUGUUCAGAGGUCGCACCAUGCCGGUAGCCCUGCCAGUCACGUACGUUGCAGGUGUCAUCUGUAGUGUUCACUCGUUUAUAGUGUCAGAAUCCGACGAACUUGGGGUAUGUGAUUACAACUGGAACGGAAAAACAACAUUAAUGAUUGCCCAUGGCGUGUUUAUUUUCAUCAUCGAGUGGAUGAUACCCACCACGAUUUUUAUAUUCGUUUACAGCAAAAUAUACCUUACUUUAAAAUUAUACACACUGCGUUCAAAUUCGAAUAUAAUUGGUAGGUCGAUGGUGGAUCAAUCCACACAAAAUGUUAAUACCUCAUCCAAUAAAGGUUUAGUAUCAAUGGUUCUUGUUAUCUUUAUUACGUAUCUUGUAUGCUGGACGCCGAAAAUUGUGUUGUACCUUCUUUCGAAUUGUGGUGUAAAAGUAAAUACGUACUUCAUAGAAUUCACAGUAUUGUUGUUAACGUCAAAUGUUUGCUGGAACCCUUUUAUCUAUGCAUUUAAAUACAAGGAAUUUAACAUAGCGGCUAAGAGGACUUGGCGAGAAGUUUUCCGAAGAAAGCCGCGAAAGACUGAUAGUAAAAACGCUGAAAACCUGGAAUUAAAUGCUGUAGAGCCGGGUGCACACUCAAUCGGAUCCUCGUCGGCUGAUGAGAUAACAUAAGGCGCAUCGCGUCGACACGAGCUCAGUGGGUCGUUUUAAUGACCAUCCGUUCAUACUCGACCUAAAUUCUGCUUCUGACACAGUGUAUUAUCACUACACUUUUUUUUAUAAGAACACAUUUUAUAAGAACACUGAGGCUGAAAUUGCCUUAAAAUUAAGAACAAAAUAAGAACAAAUUGAGGCUAAGGUAAAAUUUCAAAUGAGGUUUAUAUUUUUAAAAACCAAAAUAUUAUAUCUGUACAUUAAUAAUGUGCAGUAGGUGUGACUGUAAUACCCUCUAUCAGUACAGUAGGUACCUAUCUGACAUUUGGGGGCCAUUUUUAUUGGGGUCACUUUCACCUACAUUCCAGUACAGUGCAUACUGCCGUACAAUUAAAUAAUUUUUGGUUUAAAAGGUGUGUAAACUAAGAACAAAAUAAGAACAUUUUGAGCCUGAAAUCGGCCAAAAAAUAAGAACACUGAGCCUGGGCAAAAUUUUACUGGUUUUUAUUUUUUUUAAAGUGUAUUUUGUUAAAAUGUCUUAAGUUUAACUUUGGAGUCUGUAGGCCAUCAUAUAAUUGGUUUAAACCUUAUUUGACAGACAGGACCCAAGUAAUAAACUCGGAUAAAUUUAGUGUACACUGUGGGCGUACCCCAAGGUUCAUGUCUUGGACCUUUGCUAUUUAACAUGUACUCUUCGAAGUUGAAGUUGUUUGGUAGGCUGAUGUUAAAUAUAAUAAUUAAGAGAACCAACAUGAUCCAUUUCCAUGUAAAUCCAGAAAAAUACAAAUUCAGUUUAACCAUGGAGAGUCACUGAUUAACAACGUUUUACUGCGAAAAUCUCAACAUUGAUCCAGCCUAUUUAUUUAGUCAAUGCUAAAAAGAAACGUUCGUAAUUAUUGUUUGUAAUUACCAAAAUACAAUUCUAAUUAAAUAAUUACAAAAUAAUUUAAAUAUUUGAAAUUAAUUUCUACAAAUAGUCUUUCUGUGGAGAUAAACGUGAACAAUAAAAUUUAAUAUUUGCAUUCUAAAUUUGUAUUUUUGAAGACAGACAUACCGCCACCAAAUAACUCUAACAUAAACAUUAAAAUAAAAAUAAAUGAGCAAUUCAUGCCUGCCAAUGACAUAAGAAGGUCGAAUGAAAAAUUAAUUAUCAUUCCUCGCCAAAAUUUGCUGGUACAGUACUGUAAUGUUAAAAAUGCUUGUGGUCAAGAAGUCUAUAGAUUAUGCAAAAAAUUUAAUUGUUUCAUCACCAAUUCUCUUUUUAGUUUACAUCUAGUGUCCUUUGUAAUUUUUAACAUUUUAUGUGCCGAUAUUCUUCUUGAUUGUAAAUAUUAUUUUGUAUGUAUACAGUAUAUUGGGGGCCAGGGGCGAAUUUAGGGGGCCAAGGCGGCCCACCAUCCCGAAACUCUUUCCUUCAAUUGAACGGUUACAGAUUGCUCUAAGAAACACUGAUUGGCACUAUUGUGACCAUCCACAUUUAUAUUGCUAUUACCGGGCUCCUAUUCCC